AUGAAAAAAGGAGAGGUGGCGCCGGUUUCUGCAAAUAAUAUAAAUAAUAAGGCACAAUUCUGUAUCUGUGCUCUUGUGAAUGAGGAAUACAAUUGGGUCUGUGCUGGUGGUCCUAGGGCCCUAAGAAGAACUGUCUUGAAAAUAACAAUAUUAAUAAUAAUGAGCGUACUGUGCAUGCGGUAUAAAGAGUAUAGUCUUGAAAAUGAUCAUUUGAAAUGCUUUGGUAUUAAAUGGUAUUACAGGAAACUCGUUCUGCAUAUAUCACUGGUAUUCUCUGUAGAUAGAACAUGUCACGACAGCAGAGUUGGAUAUUAA